AUGAACGAAUUAAGCCUAAGUGAUGAAAACUUCUCUGAUUUUGGGUCUCCAGUACCUCCAAACAUAAUUCAUACCGAUCGAAAUUUGAUGGAUGAAAAGCUGACAGCUAAUGUAUCUAACUACGUUGAUGUCUCAGAUCUGAAACAAUUUAGUAAUAUCCCAUAUCUCUCAAAUUACAAUUCAAUUCUAUCAUUACUGCUUUCAAACCAAAAAAAAAGUAAUUUCUCAAAGUAUAAUGAAACAUUGUUAAAAAAAUACUACCUCUCGAGGCGGAACAUCAAUUACCAAACAUCAAUAAGAAAUGAUAAUCCAAUAAAGUCGAUAUCAAAUAAUAGUUCGGUAGAGCAUAACAUUAAUGAGGAACAUUCUGAUGACGGUAGCUAUAUAGCCAAUUCUUCUGAUACCGGAUCCGAUAAUAAUUCGAAAGUGCAAGUACCGUCUUUAACACACAUAGAUUUUGAUAUGAAUAUUAUAUUGGAAAAGCUAGAAAAACCUUUGGAUGAGGAAAAGUUAUCGAGUUUAAUACAGUCAAAGGAGGUGAUUGACCUUCAUACUGCAGCAUCAUAUAUCAAAUAUUGUCAGAAGUUGUUCACUGUCAAUGUUAGAAAAGAAGAUAUUUUGAAGCAACAUAAUCUUUGGGUUCCAUCAGUACAUGAUGACUUUAAGAAAUAUCUUUUAUCUGAGAGAAGAAAGGAAAAUUCCUUUUCGUAUAUACAAGACAGAAAGUCAAAUCCUCUAUUUGUUGAUGGUGAAAGUUAUAUGGCUGGUAAAUACGAUAUAUUCUCCGGAAGCUCGUUGGUACCGUCCUUGUUUUCUGAAUAUAAGCCGCCAUCGUUCCUUUAUCAUACAGCAGUAGAACUGGCAGGUAAAUGCUACAUUCUUGGAGGUCUAAUCCCAAUUUAUGGGUAUGAAGAAGAUGCACCGGAUUUAAGUCAGUUUAAAGUUGAUGGGAUUAAGAAUAUACCACCUCCUCUGUUGUCACAAAUUAUUAAUAACCCAUCGAUGAUUAAUAAUCCACACUUAUACAUAUACUCUUUGCCUUCUUCCAGGUUAAUUAGGCCCAUAAUAUCUGGACAAAUACCGCCGCCACUUAUAGGAAUGAGAGGGUCUAAAUUAACGGAUAGAUAUCUAUUUUUCUAUGGUGGGUUUGAAAUAAAAACAGAUUCUGUCUGUGACGAAAACGGUGUUAUUUAUUUGAAAAAAAGGGCAUUUGUCAAUAAUAUGGGGUAUAUUUUGGAUGUAGUUUCUUUUAAGUUUACCAAGGUGGAAAUUAUUGCACCUACCAUAAGCUCAGCAGGUUAUCCAGAAUUACAUCCUAGAUUUGGACAUACUCAGAUAUCGGUGAAUAUGAAUGCUACUGUCUCAAAUACUCCCUUUUCUUCGAAUGUUAGCCAAACGAGUUUAUACACUGAGCCUCAGUUAAAAUUGGAUAGCAAAGAUAAUGAGGAGAAGUCUGACAAGAAGAACAAUUUUGGGUUGCACACUAUAUACAUAUUUGGUGGUUAUAGACAAACAGGAGAUGAUAGAUAUGAAGCUAUUGCUGAUAUGUGGAAAAUUGAGGUUACUGUAGUUGCAAGGGGAAAAGGUGGUUUUUGCAAGUUUGGUGAUGCCGCAUUAGCAAAGUCAAUUAAGACCAUUCAAAAUUCGGAGAACUGGCCUAGUGGUAGAGCUUUUUGUGGUUACUGUGUACCUAAUAUGAGAUUGGUUUAUAAACAAUCGUUUGAAACUUAUCUACUCGAUAGGCUUGAUUCUGAAUAUAUGGUAGAUUUUGAGAGCAUUAAUGUAAGGAACAAGUCCCGACCUAUAUUCCCCAAUGUUGCAACGAAUAUGGAGUCGGAUGUUAUUAAUUCGCGCAAGCCAAUGGAUGCAAGUAAUAAAGUAAAUACUUCGGGCAGUGGUCUCUUUCCACCAGAGCAGGUUCCUGGUGGUGGAUUACCAGGACGAGGAAAACCUAAUAGAACCAUUGCAUUACCAACCAACGCUGGUGCUAGGACAAUUGUCAUUCAUGGUGGAUCUGCUGGAACAGAUAUUUAUAGUGACAUGUGGUGGUUUGAUCUGGAGUUAGAAGUGUGGAGGAAAAUAGAUACUUAUGCUAAGACGGAAAAUAAAAUGGAAGGUUUAGUACCGUUGAAUUUGGGGAUAGUGGGACAUUCAAUGAAUCUCAUAGGGCACAUGCUUGUAUGCACUGGAGGUAUGAUCGAAUCAGAUGUAAAUAAAUACUACAAAAACAUCCCAUAUCAAUUCAACCUUGAUAGAGUUCCUGCUGGUAGUACAAUAUUCAAUACCUUUGAUCUCAAUACACAAAGUCUUGCCGUUAGGUCAAUAAAGUCACGUAAGACAGAGGAUGAUAACACAGCAUAUUUGACUAUGGAAGAUACCCCCGAAGCCAUGCUUGUAGUGAGUGUGGGUGGUGAAGCUAUUGAGUAUGACGGUAAUAUAAUAUUAAUUGGUGGAGUUGUGAUUCCUAGAAAGAACAUGGAUCUUUUGUACUUGAGAGGUGCUAUGCUAGAGUGUAUAAUGCCUUCUAUGAGUUUAUUGGCCUGA